GCUUACAUUGCUGUAUGCAUUAUUACGUUUCAGGACAAAAAAAAAAAACUGCCGAUGCAGUCUCGAGGUACAGUACACCGCCUUUAUUACGUGUAUGUGAUUGUGUUUGUGCGGGAAAUGUAUCGCACCGGAUGAACUAAAGGACUGAACGGGAAGAGAAUUAGUGUUGCUUCACAAAAUUAAGCAGCAGCCUUGCUGUCAGUUUGUUUUUUCUGCUAAGGAGAAUAUAGGCUUAACGACAAAAACAAGCACACACAAAAAAUACAAAACAAAAACAACAACAAAAAAAAACUUUUUAUAGGCUUCGUUCAAUAUUGAGAAACAGUACUAGCCGGUUUGCAGCUGGAGUUUCUCGCAUACCUUCUUCUCACUUUUUGUAACUUGUUUUGCACUACUAUAAAAUGGCAGAACCCAGUAGCAAAAAGCUGAAAACGUGCUUGCCUAUCUGCACUAACCAUCAUGAGUUGGUUGGGACCAGAGUGAAGCAGAACUUUCCCUUGACUGUUGAAGAAAGUCUGUGUGGAGCCGUAACGGUUCGGAUGGAGCUCUCUUACCGACUUGAAGCGCUGGCAGAAAUAUUUGAGCAAGACCAUGUUGCUUUGCCGAGAGUCGCUGGCUACUUUCACCGUGAAGCUGAAGAAGAGCUGGAGACUGCGGAGGCGAUGAUGGGUUACCUGCGAGAACGAGGAGGACAGUACUGCAACAAAGACAUUCAAAGACCUGGUUGCGAGCAGGUGUGCAAUAUCAUUCAGGCCCUGGAAUUAACCUUGGCUCAGUGGAAGAAAAUCUCAGGAUACAUGGAGGAGCUGUGCGUGAUCAGCAAGGAAAAUGGAGACCAUCACACUGCCAGCGUGGUCAAGAAACGGUUUGUCACUCGCGUUGUCAGCAAGAUCGAAGUGGUGGGGAACGUCCUGACCAAUGCCCGGCGCUUGGGCUGCACCCAUGAUGGAGCAAGUGGCUUUGGGGAGUACCUGAUUGACCAACUCCAGGAAGAACUGGGCAAGAACUAAACACCCCUCCUUUAACCUGUUCCUUCACAUGCUCCCACAUCAAUACGCUGUGGAAAUGUAGGUCAUUAACUAACCAGCGUGGCUUUUAAUAGGGCCAAUUAAGACAGUCCUACAGUAAACGUACAGAGAGCCAGAAGAGAAAAACACUGCCUAUCCUCUACUGACUCCUCUCCAGCCGUACCAGUUUUGGACGAUCAGCAACACUGCUUCAUUAAAAAAAAAAAAAAAAAAAAGUACGUGCAACUUCAUACUUCAGAAAGCACCUGUAGAAAAUGACUUCAACUACAUGGGUAUUUUUUUAAAGAGGAAGGAAAUCAUGUUGUGCUCCCUAGUUAUCAAAAUUAUUUUCUUGUUGACAGUAAACAUUAUUAUAGAUAGGGUACUGUAUUUGGGUACUGUAUGCAAUAUCACCAGCCCAUUCUCUCUACGGUGUUGAUGGAGGUAUAUAUAUAUUUUUUACAGUACAGGGUUGCAUUUUUGAUCCUUCUCCUUGGAUGCUUCUGUUCACUUUAGCAUGCUGGCUAUACACCUGAAAAUAACUCAGUAGCAACUAGGAAGUCUAUGGUUUUGAUUGGUUAAACUGACCUUCAAUUUGCUGUGACAUCAUUGCUUAUUUGAGUGCUGUUGAAAUAAUGAGGUCUUUCAGUGGCGGCCUCACUAAUCCACUGCACAUCCACAAGACAGUGACAUCAUGUCACGGAUCCAUAGACAAAUGUCUGCCAGAUGAACCAAACGACAUGAUAGACUUGCUGGUCACUACCAACUCUGUGCAGCUCUGGGACAAUAACAUGUAGUAUGAAUGUACAGCUUAUGGAUUCCAAUUUACACUCCUGUAGAUUCAACACACAAGUCCAUCAGAAGAAUUCAGAUCUGCAUUAGAGGCACCCGUUUUUAUUUAUUUACGUUUUUAUUUGCCAAGUUCCCUUCUUAAAAAGGGAACCAAUUUUAGCCACAGAACAUCACUCAUUUUUAUUUUUAUUUUUAUUGACAAUCAGUCACUCUUUUUUGUGUUACAAAGACUUUCUGCAAAUUAAAAUGUUUCCCACAAAAUGUAUACCAUUUACUCCCUCAUCCCAGUACUAUAAUCAGGAUAAUAUUAUGAGGAUCUUGUGCCUGAAAUAGAUUCAAACAAACAACUCCACACACACACAUACACACACAGCAGAGGGAGAAUGGUGUGAAACAGAAAUUACACUUACCAGUGGUACAGAUAUUAGCCAUGACUUCACAGCAGUAUAACAAUUAUGCCAUUAAUAAAGUGCAGCGUAAUGUCUCAAUAAUAUAUAAUAUAGUAUACUGUUUCUGUGAGGUUAUGUCCGCUAGUCUUGUUGUCAUCCAAAGGGGGACUAUAAUUAGAGUCCUGCAGUAAACAUUAGGCAGGAUCAACUGGAGCCAGUUAUAGUGCAACCCAAGAUAAAAUGCCAAAUCACUCACAUAAAUAACAAACACACAAACAGAGAUGUUGGGCAAUAAAAAACUAAACAAAACAAAACACCUGCCAUAACAAUAUCAGUAGGGAGCAGAGCCAUCAUGGGGAGCCAGGAUGACUCCGAUUAAUCAGUCUGAAAGGGGUUAAUCUGCAGCAAAGUCAUGUUGUAUUGAGGUAUGAAAACUUACAACCAAGCUCCUUUUAUCAAUCUAGAGAGAUGCGGUUUUCAUGUAUUACAGAAAUUCACAAUACAUUGCCUACAUUUCCUUUUGCUUAAACUAGUCACAUGUGCGACAGACCAUUCAUACAAAAGUGCUACAUGUUGCAGGGGGUAUUUUUGUCCAACCUCUGUACACACACUACUAUCUGUACUGUUGGUCCAGUACUUGUUGGUGGGUAGUGUAUAUGUCACAUACACACUGGUGACAGUAGUAGAUUUACCAAAGUAACAUCAAGUCCUAAAGAUAAAAAAGUUCUUAGGAUUUUAUAGAAUUAUAGAUUGAGUUUGAGCUAUUUUUAAAAUAUUAUUUCUGCUUCACUUAGAUUUGUUUCUGUAUAUUUAGUUUAAAGUGUAUUGCAGUAAUUAGCAUAAAUAGCUUUUACAGUAUGUAUUAGUUACGAAGACUUUGGGGAUAAAAGUAUAUUAUUUUAAACAGUUUCAAGAGUACUAACUUUGGGGUAUGGUAAAUAUUAGAUUGACUGUUUGAUUAUGUUUAAUAUUUCUUCAAUUGUAUGUCCACUUUUUCCACUUUCCUAAAAGCUAAAUGAAUAAAGUAUGAGCUUUCUA